ACCACCCUGCAGUGUCACGCUGUCUGUCUACAGCAGGUAAAUAUAGUAACUGGUGUCAGAUCCCCGUCCUCUCAGCCAGAGUGUUGUAGCUGCACAGAGGAAACAUGACAGGCCCUGAGCCUGAGCUUUGCAGGAUUGUCACAUAUGUGAGACGUCUCUGAUGCAGAUGUGUUAAUCUGACCUCCUCCUUCUCCUUCUGCCAGCUUUCAGCAACAACAACUUUGAAUCUGCAGGGACUCCUCAGCCAACCCAACACAAACCACAAGGUUUCACCUGGUCUGACCGCGAUCAUUUAUUCUGCCAUCAUGGAGCUCGAUCGGUUCGGCAUUCACGAUGAGGAUGAUGAAGAUGAUGCAGCCACUCAGUACAUGAUUGAACAGAGUCUGCUGGAGAGCAGCAAGCAGAAGGAGACGCACAGAAACGCCACAACGUGGGACGACAGGAGCAGCUCAGAAUCUGCAGACAUCAGCAAGAUCUUCACUGCUAUUAGACAAGGUAAUGAGAAGCUCCUGAAGGAUCUGUGUGUCAGACAGAAAGAGAGCUUUUCACUGGCAGACAGCAGAGGCUGGACGCCUCUCCACGAAGCAGCAUCUCAGAGCAACCAGAGCAUCCUGGAGCUCAUGUACAAAGCUUCUGGCCCAGACUCAGUGAAGUGUUGUACGCUACGAGGUCAGACUCCACUUUUCCUCGCAGUAGAACAUGGUUUUAUAGAAAAUGCCUCCUUCCUCCUCAAACAUGGAGCCAGCCCAGACAUUCAGGAUGACAACCAGGACUCGCCGCUAUUUGUGGCUAUCCGCUUAGACCGCCUGGACUUGGUGAAGCUGCUGCUCCUGCGUGGCUCCAACGUGCACCAGGAGGGUUGCCACGGUCGCCGGCCCCUCCACGAGGCCUCGCGGUUCGGCAGAAUGGAGAUGGUAAAGGUGCUGCUGGAGGCCGGAGCAAGGCCCGACCCCCGCAGCCACUAUGGCCUCACGCCGCUGGCUCUAGCAGCUCAGGAUGGUCACCUAGAGGUGGUGCAGAUUCUGCUGAAGAAAGGUGCCGACGUCUUCUCUCAGGCGCAGGACGAGGCAUCCAUCUUGUACGAAGCAUCAGCGUCUGGUAAUCCAGCCGUCAUCAGCCUCCUGCUGGAAUAUGGUGCCGAUGCCAACGUUGCCAAACACACGGGACACAUGCCAAUCCACCGUGUCGCUCACCGAGGACACCUGGAAGCUCUGCAACUGCUGCUUCCUGUCACCUCUAUGAGGGACAUAAAUGACAGCGGGAUGAGUCCCCUUCACUCAGCUGCUGCGGGAGGACACACAAACUGCAUCAAGGUAUUGCUGAACGCAGGAUACGACCCCAACUACAUGCUCCACCCCUGGGUUCGCCGCAGCUACGAUGAUGAGAGGAAGUCAGCUCUCUUCUUUGCCGUCUCUAAUAAUGAUAUGCCGUCAGCAAAAUUGCUGCUGGAGGCCGGAGCCAUGACCAACCAGGACCCGGUCAAAUGUCUGCAGGUUGCACUGCGCAUGGGCAACUAUGAGUUGAUCGACCUGCUGCUGCGGUUUGGAGCCAACGUCAACUAUUACGCCAGGAUAAACACGACUCACUUCCCAUCAGCACUGCAGUACGCUUUCAAAGACGAGGUGAUUCUCAGGAUGCUGUGUAACUAUGGUUACAAUGUGGAGCGCUGCUUUGACUGUCCCUAUGGAAACAAACCCCACAUCCCUGAAGACUAUGAGGGAUGGAGCGACAGCGUGAUCAAAGACACUAUGUUCUGCGAGGUGAUCACAGUUUCCUGGCUGAAACAUCUGUCGGGUCACGUAGUUCGUGUCCUGCUGGACUACAUGGAUCACGUGACCAUGUGCUCCAAACUGAAGGCGGUUCUGAUGGAGCAGAAGCAGUGGCCGGACAUCUGCAGACUGCAAGAAAACGCCCGCUGCCUGCAGCAUCUAUGCCGCCUGCGGAUCCGCCGGAGCCUCGGCCGCCUCCGUCUCCGGUCCCAGGUCUUCAUGAGCUUCAUGCCGCUGCCGGAGCGGCUGAAGGACUACAUCCUGUACCGGGAGUACGACCUGCUGCGGGGCCGGUGGGGCGGCAAUCCAGGCUGAUAAUUUAGGGGCUAAAAGAGGAGCGUGUUAGGCUGACAUACACAUAUGCAUAUUUUUAUUUCACAAAGAAAAUGGGGGGAAAUUAAGGAGCAUGCAAAACAUAUGUUUUUUGUUAGCGUUCGUAAACACCACAGCUCGAAAAGAUAGAUUGAUGUGAAGGUCAAAGGCAACAAAUAGGAAAUGAUGCUGGUGUAUUCUUAAUAUGACAUUACAGUUUGAAUCCAGAUGUCAUGUCACCUUUGACCUCUGACCUCACUCUUACAUUUCACAUCUGCCUUUUUUCCCCUUGACCCUAAAAUGUGUUUUAAGAGAAAAAGUGAUGCAAAUAUAAUGCAGUAUAAUAUUAUAUAAUAAGCUCGAGUUAUUCAUGACAAGUCAUUUACAAAUCAAUUCCAAUCAUCCAUUACCAACUGAUGCAUAAUGUUUUGUUUAAUCAUUUACAUUUAAAAACAACAAACAAACUGAAGAUGUAGAACAUACUAUACUAUUCCCUUAAAAGUAAAUACUGCCCCGAGAGCCAACUGUGCGAAUAUGUUAUUGUACACAUGCAUAUUUUUUGUAAUAAAACAAAACAAAACAAAACAAAACAAAACAUUUGCAGAUUUUAAAAUACAAAUAAUAAAUCAAGCACCAUCUUGUUUUUGUAAGGUUAUUUAUUUUGGAAAACAACACAUGUGGUAUCUGCUAAAGAAAGGUGUGAUGGGGGUCCCCAUUGUCUUUACUGAUGCUACACAGGUGUACAGUAAGGUUAGAGAUCUGUAGGCUAUUGUAUUGAUAAAACAGCAGUUUCCACAGUGUUUUUAAUUAGUUUUAAUAUUUUUGAAUAUCCAAAUAAUGUGCGGGACUAUACAAACACAUUACCACAUGUCCUGGAUAUUUACGUUAUAAUAGCCCGCUAAUAGCCCGUGAAUAUAAGAUUACAUGUUUUAUACACAUAUUGCUCUAAAUUGCUAGGUGUAAAUUUAUAAAAUGUGAUGUAGCAGUGUAAAAUUGAUGUCAGUAUUCAACAUGGUGAUGUAUGACAAUGACAGCAAAAAUAAACAUAAUAAUGCUGUAAUUUG